AUGUGUUUUUCAUUUGGAUAUGCAUCGUGGUGGCACCUUAAUCCACACAUGGCCUGGAACAAUGUGAUAGGUGAACCUCAAAUUAAUACUGAUAUCAAUGGAAGCAUGUUUGUCGUCGAUUUGUUUGAUGUACAUAAAAGCAUUAUUGAUGAUUUUCAUAGGAAAGGGAAGAAGGUGAUUUGUUACUUUUCUGCUGGAACGAAAGAAGAUUGGAGAAACGAUGCCGGCGAGUUUCCCUCCGAUGGACUUGGAAAUAUUAAUAAGCUCUGGCCAGGCGAGACAUGGGUGGACAUCCGAAAUAGUCAAGUAAGACGUAUCAUGAGAGAUCGAAUUAAACUUGCAAAUUACCGCCAUUGUGAUGGUGUAGAUCCAGAUAAUGUCGAUGGGUAUUCACAGAAUCAAGCAGGACUUCAUUUAACACCAGAUGAUCAAUUGGACUUUAACAGAUAUUUAGCGACAGAGGCACACGGCUAUGGUUUAGCGAUCGGACUGAAGAACGAUGUAAGCCAACUUCAUGAACUUGUAGGCGACUUUGACUUUGCUGUAAACGAAUCAUGUAUGAACUAUAACGAAUGUGACCUGUAUAAACCGUUUUUUUAUGCUAGAAAGCCGGUGUUCCAUAUCCAGUAUGUGAGUUCUACGAUAGAAGAUCACCAGAAGCAACAUGAGAUAUGCUUCUCUUCAAAACGUCCUCAUGAGAUGAAUACUAUAAUCAAAGAUCGUCGACUGGAUAACUGGAAACUUUCUUGUUGAAUAUUUUUGUCAAGUAAAGAGCGAGCAUCUUCAUGACGUAUUUUUUUUUAAAUUGAACUCGUCUGACAAGGCCAACAUUUUGGUCAUUUUAUUUGUACAGUACUAUUAAAUACAUCAUAUAUGUUAUCAUGAUAUGUGUUGUCCUAGAUAACUGGCAAUUAGCUGAUACAUAACAUUUUGCUGACCUACACGAGGAAAACAUGUUUAUCAUUUUAGCAAAUGUAUAGAUUGUACUGUCACAAUUUGAGUAAAUAGUACUUCUUUGGAUUGCAAAAUCAGGGGCUGAAAUCGACAAGCAUUGAUUAAUUUAUUACUAAUUGUAGAAAAUCAACGAUGCCGUUGUCAAAGUGGAGCAU